GUAGUUUGUGGCAGUGAGAGAUGAUGAGAGUGGGCAUCACAGCGUAGAGAGGAACUACAGGGAUCACACACUUUACUUACAGUGGCCGUCCAUUCUUCUACAUGACAAGCUGUAUGAUGGAGAAAGCUGCACUGCUGCUGUGUUGUUUCCUGGUGGUGUCUACAUCAGGAUCCCCACUAUUCCCAUCCAUCAGGUUUGGCCAGAGGGACACAGCAAUCCUGAUGACAUCUUCUCUAAAGAAUCCAGCGCAGUUUGAAGACACAAGUUCUUCCCAAGAAAGAGAAGAGUUACGCUUAGCCCGCCACGCCGACGCCAUCUUUACAAACAGUUACAGGAAAGUCCUGGGCCAAAUCUCUGCCAGGAAGUUCCUUCAGACCAUCAUGGGCAAACGCCUGGAAGAUGGAAGUGAGAGUUACAUGAAACGCCAGUCAGAUGUCUACGAGGGAAGGUAUAAUGAAGCUCUGACAUCCAUCCUGAGCAAUCAGAGAUACACGAGGACUUGAAGAAAUGCAGCGAGGCUCGGACUGAAGCAGACACACGGUGUGCUCCUUUUCAAAACCAUCUCAGCUUGAUGUCCUUGACCAAAAUAUCAUUUGGAAGCACUGAAGAAAAGAUCCACAAUUCAUAAUACAUGUAUUGUCAGUUAUU